UCACUUCCGGUUCUUCUCAGCAAUGGCGUCGUCCACAGAAGGAGACGGCGUGAGUGAGACGCAAACGGGGAAGAAAUCGAAAAAGACUAAAAACCUUGUGGAUGAAUCUGAACUCCUGACAGUUCCUGAUGGAUGGAAGGAGCCACAGUUCACCAAAGAGGACAACCCCCGUGGUUUGCUGGAGGAAAGCAGCUUUGCCACUCUCUUCCCCAAGUACAGGGAGGCCUACCUGAAAGAGUGCUGGCCGCUGGUGGAGAAGGCUUUAGGAGAGACGCACAUUAAAACCUCUCUGGACUUGAUUGAAGGCAGCAUGACAGUCUGCACCACUAAGAAAACCUUUGACCCUUAUGCCAUCAUGAGAGCCAGAGAUCUCAUUAAGCUGCUGGCAAGGAGCGUCCCAUUUGAACAGGCUGUACGGAUAUUAGAGGAUGACGUGGCCUGUGACAUCAUCAAAAUUGGGACUAUGGUGAGGAGUAGAGAGCGGUUUGUGAAGCGACGGCAGCGGCUCAUUGGCCCCAAAGGCUCCACCCUAAAAGCACUGGAAUUACUGACCAACUGCUAUGUGAUGGUGCAGGGUAACACAGUGUCUGCACUAGGGCCCUACAGCGGCUUAAAAGAGGUUCGUAAAGUUGUGUUGGACACAAUGAAGAACAUCCACCCCAUCUACAACAUUAAGACCCUGAUGAUCAAACGGGAGCUGUCCAAAGACCCUGAACUGCGGAUGCAAAGCUGGGAGCGCUUCCUGCCCAAGUUCCGACACAAGAACCUUGCCAAACGCAAAGAGCCCAAGAAGAAGAGCAUGAAGAAGGAGUACACCCCAUUCCCUCCUCCACAGCCAGAGAGCAAGGUUGAUAAGGAGCUGUCCACAGGAGAAUUCUUCCUGCGGGAAAGUGUGAAGAAGAGGAAGAAGAUGGAAGAAAUUAAGGUGAAACAGGCCACUGCACUGACCAAGAAGCAGGAAGAGCGGAACAAAGCUUUCAUUCCUCCCAAAGAGAAGCCUUUGAUGAAAAAGACUUCUAAAGCCCCUACAGAAGCUAAGCUGGACAUCGAAGCUUUAAAGGACAAAGUAAAAAAAGCCAAAACGAAGAAACUGGGCGCUCCACCAGUAAAUCCAGCUCCUCCCACCAGCAGCACCACAGACAAAAAGAAGAACAAAGCAAAAAACAAAGGCUAACUGCACUGUGUGCCAUGUGGUAUGGUACUUGUUGGACAGAGAAAAAGACUCUAAAAUCUCACAGGUAGAAAGAAUGUCAUAUCCAAUGACUGUACUGCUUGGAUCAAGAAGAAUGAUUCACCAUCAGUGAUGGCAAUUCUUUUUCCUUUUAUUUGGCUUCUUUGGUAUUAACCAUUUACACAUAUUUAAAGGCACAAUUUAUGUUUCAGAAUCGGUGUUCUUGUCUUUAAAGACUGGUGUGUGUUCAGGCCCACUCACUAAGAUAGAAGUUGUAAAAUUAAAUAAUUUUUUUUGUUUUAAUAAACUGGAUCUUAUUUUCAUA